CGCCGCCCACCAGGCGUCCGCGGCCUCGGGAGCAAUCGGGUGGCAGCCGGCGAGCCGACGUUGGGCCCGGCCUGCUCUCUGGGAGGAGGAAGGAGAGGCUGCUGUGCCGGUCCCCAGAGCCCCGCAGCCCCGCAGCCUGCUCCGCCGGCGAGGAGAAGCUGAGAGCCGCCGUCGCUCCGUCCGGCGUCGCUGCCAUGGCUGCCAUGAUGGGUCGGAAGUGAGCCUGCGGGCGACGGUGCCGGCUCGGACGCUGCCCCCGGGGUCCCCGCCUCCCCGCCCGCCCCCGCCCGGGAGCCUCGGCCCCCGCGAGCCCUGCGAGCCCGGCGCGGCCCGCGUCCUCCAAGCCUGUGCGGCGGGGAGUGGCUCCCGACCUCCGGCCCCGGCGGCGAGUUAGAUGGUGGACCCGGCCGAGUGCAACAUCAAAGUGAUGUGUCGCUUCAGACCUCUCAAAGAGUCCGAGGUGACCCCCGGCGACAAGUACGUCGGCAAGUUUCAGGGAGAGGACACAGUGAUGAUCGCGUCCAAGCCUUAUGCAUUUGACCGGGUGUUCCAGUCAAACACGUCUCAAGAGCAAGUGCAUAAUGACUAUGCGAAGAAGAUUGUUAAAGGUAAGCAUGUUGAACCUGCUGGGUUGUCCCAGCGAUAAGUAGUUUGUGGUCUUUCCAACGUCCUUUUUCAUUUUACUCUCCCUUUCUUUUUAGUUAAUUGUGAAAGUUGUUUAAAUAAUGAGAAGGUCGAAUACAAUUAGUAAGCUUGCUGCUCUCAUUGCAUGAACUAAUUUAUGAGCGACACCUAGCGAAGGGUGUUAAGAAAAUUGUAGUGUCACACACGUGUACUUGGAAGGUGCCAGAUACUAGACGUGCCCAGCAGAGGUUCUCAGGUGGCAGUGCUAGAAAUACAGCAGCAGGAGGGUGGAAACAAGAUGGCCGGACGAGUUUCUGUGAAGUGGUAGGAGACGGCGGCCUGCCCUCCUCCCGUUCCGCUGUGAUUCCUUCCCCAGGGACUGGGCUUGUCAGUCAAAUGAGAAACCUCUGAGGAAUUUAACAAGGGUGAGAAAAGUGUGUACGUUCCAGUUAUAAGUACUGGUAACUUAUACUAAUGUAUUUUUCAGGUUUAUAUUUUCUGAAAGCCCAGAACCCUAGAGCUGAGAGGGUGUUAGUGGUUAUCUGGACUUACUUCCAGUUACUCCAGAAAUAUCUUAAGUCAGAGGGAUCUUACGAUAAAAUAGACAUUACUUUGUGAGAUGAUUUAUACCGCUUCUUUUGACAGUUCUGACUGCUAAAAAGUACUUCUUAGAUUGAGGCAAAAAUCUGUCUUGUAGUGUUCACCAGGAUAGAGGGGUUGGGCUUCAGUGUGCAAGUGGAGAGGUCAGGGCUGAGUAGGAGCACAGGCACUGCAUCCAGUAAGAGGAGAAAAAGUAGAGUUUAUGGAUAGAAGUAGGUCCAUGCAUGUGACGGAAGGAAAAUGUACAUGUUCUUCGGCAAGGUUGGCAUGUUACAGUCUCAGUGGGGUCAGAGUCUUGUUGGAGUUGGGGUACGAGAAGGAAUAAACGGACGUGGGUACUUGAUGUUAGGCAGGCCGUGCAGUUAGUGAUGGGAAGGUCUAGAGAGUGACCGUGGAGCUGGCAUCUGAAGGAGUAAAGGACAAGAUUGUGGAGAGAAUCAGGUCGAGGGUCUGAGGGGCCAGGGUGUCAUGUAGCAGUGGGAUCAUCUACUGCCUGGACGUUGAAACCGCCCAGCAUGACAACGGGAGUGGAACUGGCGAGAGCGGACCGGAGGGAGAAUUACACGUGAUUCUGUACAUGAUCUCGAGAAAGGGAGGCGGGCAGUGUCGUCCUGUGUUGUGAGCCUGACGGAGCCGUCCAGUGGCUCUGUGCAUCCUGGAGCGUGAUGGUACGACGUUCUUUGAUUCAUUGUGCUUUUGUCAUCGGUACAGCCUGAGAUUACUUCAGCUUUUUUAGUAAUACAGAGUUACUGAUACAUGAAUUUGAGGGCAGUUUAAAUGUACAAAUCCUUUUCACAUCUGCUGCAGCCGGGGUUACACCCCAGUCCACACUUGACUACUGAGUGCAAGCCUUUAAAGUGCAGGUUCCAUCAUGUUCCUUUUAGCUCGUGCUCAUAUUUUGAGUUUUGCUUUUACGGUUGUCUUACGAGGAAUCUAAGUUGGCUAUCAGCAUGUUUUGAUAAGUCUAUUAUGGCGUCAAGGAUAUUUAAGUGUUCUUUUAAGGUUUUUAUUUAAGGACACUGAAUAAGGUUGUUGGUGAUUAUUAGAUCACAUUGAGUAUUCAGCUGACAUCAGAGUCUCUUACUGUCCAGUCGUCUAUACUUCUUAGCUUGUCAACAUAUCCACAAGAAAACGAUGAAAAACUUGAAUCCUUUUGUGAAAUCAUGGUGCAUGACUCUCGUAUUCCCCAAAGUACCAGUUGAGUGAUCCAAGCAGGCAAUGGGGUUAGCUUUUCCUUAGUGAAAUUUUGGUAUAUUUGUCUGAGGUUCCCAGAAUCUAUCAUUUUUCACUUUUUGAAAACGAGUAUAACAUUUACAAGUUAGUCAUCUUUUGUUACCUCCGUUCUCUGUGGCUUCUGUGAAAUUUUUAUCCGUGGGAUGUAAUCCUCUGACAACUAGGAACUUGGGCUCAUUUAGAAACGUUCUUGGGGCGUCCGGCCCACCUCAACCCCGAAGUCGGCCCAGCGGUGUUUUUCCCGUUGUUCCAUUUUGAGGAGAAUGGUGUAGAUGGUAAUACAUCAUUAGUUAACAUUUUUUGGUCUCUUCUAGGCAGUGCAGGUCUUACUCAUGAUUCUUUUUCUGAAUAUUUUUAAAGCUCUCUUUAGGGCCUUAGUUUUUUCUUUGUUUUUGUUUUGUUUUGUUUUGUUUUUGUAAGACUCGCUGCUCCCGGGCUUUUUCUUUUCUCAUGUUGUUCCAGUGGUUUUUUUUACCUUAUUUGUACGUCUUCAGAUGGUUUCUCAGCAACCACCUCACACCUUCCUUCCUCAGAACUCUGAAAUCUGUUGUCCUGAAGUCCAGGGUGCUUAUUUCUGCUGCCUUUUGUUCUGUUUCAGGUGACAUCAUUUCUAAGAUGACAUCAUUCUUGUUGUGAAAUUUCCCUCUCAGCAUUUUGGUCCCUUUUACUUCACCAGCAGAUUCCUGUUUCACUGUUUGGAGCUGGUUCUGAGUCGCGGCUCCCUUCUGUGCAGCACGGUUAAGCCCAGGCUCUGGGAUCAGACGGACCUAGAUUGAGGUCUCGGGUCUUCCACUUUCUGGCUUUGUGACUUUUACAGUCACCUAACCUUUCUAGUCUCUGUUUCCUCUUCUGCAGAAUAAGGGUACUGUGAGGAUUUUAAAAGAUGAUUCGUGAAAAGGUGCUUUACCCAGGACCUGGUAUGACCUAAGUAUGUAACAGGUGUCAACUGCUGCUUGUGGCCUCUGUUUUCUAAGAAAGGAAAUGAUUUUCUUAGUUUGAUCAACCAUAAUCGUACUUGGGAUAGCUCUCAGCCUAAUUUUCACUCUGCAAAAUUAGACUUCAGGUGCUGUUACAGUAGAAGGUGUCCGUCUGUCUGUCUGCAGGUUCUGUGCCAGCUUUGCCAUUCGUAGAAAAGUAUCUGGCUGACUUUCUCCUCUUACCUUCACCCAAAUGCUCUGCCACUUUGGAGGGGCCUGGGUGUAGUAGCCAGCGGGACUUGCCCCGGGCAGGAUGUGAGUGUGGCGGGGUUACCCAUAAAGACAUAGAUUUAAGGAGAGUGAUGGUGUGGGGGCUAGGUGAGGUGUGAGGACAGAAAAGCAAUUAAAACUACGUGGCAAGUUGGACUUGGGCCCCUCGUUGGCACACAGAGCAAAUAGGAUGUGGUUAGAAACUGGUGGGCAAGGGUCGGCAAGAUGGUGGGUGAGCUGGUAUUUCUUCUGAGAUGUGAGUUUGAUUAGCAAGCUGCCAGGGAUGAGCUGAGAGCAGCUCGUGUGCCCAGGGCCUGCCAGGCGCUGUGGCCGCUUUGUUUCAGAUUCCCAUACAAGUACAGAACUUAUAUACAGGGCUAAGACUUCCUUUUCAUAGACUGAUUAGAUAGUUUUUUUUUUCUUUUGAACAUGUUUUAUCCACCUGUAUUCUGUUUUGAAGUCUGAACCUGAGCGGUGUCUGUAAGUUGGUUUCCCUGGUAUAAAGUAGGUGUCAUUUAUUCAGUGUUUGCUGGAUGCCAGGUGUCAUACCAGGCCUCCAUAGGGUCCCCAGUUUCACCAUAGCUUCCUGCCUGGGACUGUCUGCCACUGUAUCCACCUUAAUUUUUCCAGAGGUAGCCUGCCAUACUGUGUCGUGGUUAAGAGCUUGUCUUCGGAGCCAAGACUGUCCUGGUUUGCAUCCCAGCUCUGUCUUCCUAGCUGUGGAGCUAUAGGCAGUUUAUUUAACCUCUUCGUGCCUCAGUGUCCUCACCUGUAGAAUGGGACUAAAAUAGUACCUUGCAUAGGGUCUUGUGAGGAUUAGAUACAUUGAUACAUGAUAAAUUAUCAGAGCCUGGCACAUUGCACAUUCUCAAAUGUUAACAGUAAUAAUUUUACAUGAUGAUUUCUCAUUCUCACAGCCUUCCCCUAAGCAGGCAUUUUCCUGAUGAGGAAGCUGACGUUCAGAGAUGAAGGGACUUGUAGAAGGUGAUAAGCCACUGUCUCACUUGCUCAGUAUGUUUCCUUGUUUACAAAGCAUGAAAGAAGUAAGAUGGCUGUAGUCCCACCUCUGUUUCUCACAAGAACAGCAAAAGUAUGUUGUAAAAGGAGGGGAACACUUUAGAAAGAUGCUGUGCAUAAGAGUAAUAGUCAUUCACCAAGCAUUUGAGGCCCUGCUGAGUGCCUGGCACCACGCUGGGAUUUUACAGGCUGGUGAGGAAGGCAGACAAGUAAAUUGGUGUCUGCAAUACACGGUGGUAAGUAUCAUGGCUGAAUGCAGGGGCUGUAAGACUCUCAGGUGGGUUGUGGAAGUGGGCUGGAGGAAGAAGUAAAGCCUAAGUUAAAGGAUGCAUGAGAGUAGGAAGGAGAGUGAGGGGCGCCCAGACAGGGGUAUGCAUGGGCUGAGGCAUCCACGUGGGAAAGUAUUGCGUGUGUGGGGAGAACAUACAUUAUAGGUGAGUGAACUUGAACCAUAUGAGAUUGUCAGAUUCAACCAUUUUUACCAGCAAAGCCAGCAGUGUGAGGGGAAGGAUGGUGGGAGAUGGAGCUGGGAAGAAGGCAAACAAGAGCCAGGUCCAGAAGUGCCCGGUUUCAUCUGAUUACAGAUGCAUGCUCUCUAGGAUUUUAAAAAAGAUGAGGAGUAUUUGUAUGUGUGUGUGUGUGAAAGAUCUGUACUUUUAAGGUAUGUGCAUUUCAUUCUACAUAAGUUUUACCUCUGAAGACUAAAACUGCAGAAUAUUGAAUUGUGGCUCAUGGUGUAGGCAUGGUGAAGUGUUUAGAUGGAAGCGUGUUGAAGUCUGCAGUUUACCUUGAAAUGCAUUAAAUAAGAGGGAUGGAUAGACACAUGAUUAAGGCAAAUAGUAAAAUGAUGGAAUUUGUUUAAUUGAAAUAUAGGCAGUUUACAAUGUUGUGUCAGUUUCUGGUGCGCAGCGCAGUGCUUCAGUCGUACGUGAAUACACCUGUGUUCACUCUCAUGCUCUUUCACUGUGAGCUGCUACAAGUUACCAAAUACAGUUCCCUGUGCUGUACGGUAUAAACUUGUUUAUCUGUUUUGUGUGUACCAGCCAGUAUCUGCAAAUCUCAAGCUCCCAAUGAUGAAAUGUUAAUGAUAGAACCUGGGUAGUGGUUAUGGGGUGUUCACUGUAAGAUUCAUUCAGUUUUUCUGUAGGCUUAGACUUUCUUAUAAUAAAGUCACCAUGGGAAGCAGGAGUCAGGAAUGGAGUAGACAAGGGAUUAUUUUCCUAAUUGACGAAAGUGGUCUUCCUUUCAUGACAACAUGGCACCUCUAGAAAUCACCUAAUCAUUGUUACCUCCCCUGCACCCAGAACCGAGAGCCUGGGUCCUAGUGCUGAGUAAAUACUGGAGUGUUGAAUAUUCCAUAACCUCUGAUCGUAUACAGUUUUUAAAGUUCUGCUUGAAGUCCCAGAUACAAAUGUGCUGCAUACAUUUAUUAUCCUGUGAGCCGUCACGUGACAGGGCUUCACCUAACACACACACACUGUGAUGUCAUGUAGAUUGUGCGUCAGUGUGAUCUUGGGAAAGUCGCUUAGUCAUUCACCUACCGGUAUUUAUUAAGUACUUAUUGUGGUAGUUGCUAGGUAAUCGGAUCGUAUCAUGAAUGAACGUUUUAUGUAUAGAUCUAACAAAAAUUUGGAAUUCAUCCUUAGGUUUUAUGUGAUUGAUUAAAAGAUCUUAAGCAGAGUGUAUUACACGGACAUACCGAGAACAAUUAUGUAUAAAGGAAGUGAAUUGGAGAGGGUGGUGCAUUUUUUCUCCAUAUAAUUUCUUCUUCAGAAUUACUGACAAAUUACUGCAGU